GCAGCCUUGGAACACGGACAGGGUUCUCUAUAUGCUGAGUGGCUCUAUGUCGACGAUAGUUUCUCUGCGACGCCUGCCAGGGCUUAAAGUCUCGCGAGAAGAGACUUGAUAGCCGCCUUUGAAAAACAAUGGCGGACGAAGUAGACCAGCAACAAACUACUAAUACUGUGGAAGAACCUUUGGAUCUCAUCAGACUUAGUCUUGAUGAACGAAUUUAUGUGAAAAUGAGAAAUGACCGAGAACUUCGAGGCAGAUUACAUGCUUAUGACCAGCAUUUAAAUAUGAUUUUGGGUGAUGUUGAAGAGACUGUGACAACAAUAGAGAUUGAUGAAGAAACAUAUGAGGAGAUCUACAAAUCCACCAAGAGGAAUAUCCCAAUGCUGUUUGUCAGAGGAGAUGGAGUUGUACUUGUCGCGCCUCCACUGAGAGUUGGCUGAAACUGUGAAAAAUGGAUCAUUUGAACCUCAACAUAUUGGUUCCUGCUCCUCUAAAUAUUAAGACUGCACAUAAUUUGACACAGGUCUUUACAACCUUGACUGUGUAUUGUGAAUUUAUGAGUUCAUUUGGGAAGUAAAUGUUACAAAAGGGUUUCCUGGAAUAAUAUAAAUAACAUUGCCUUCUGUAUCAGAUUGGUGCUUUCAACUUUUUAGUUAAUCACUGCUCUCCUAUUUUUUUAAAUAAAUCUCAUUUGCUUAUUUUGUAUAUCUGCAUAUGUAUAAGCACGCUUCAUACACUGAUUUUACUUCAGUGUGGCGUAGUAUUUUUGUGGCUAUUUCUGUAUCCGUUUGGUUGCCAUUUAACCACAUCUGGUGCAAAUCAGCAUUGUAUAUUUUUUGCUCAAGUGAUAACUACCGAGAAAUGAAUGGGCUAUAUAGUAUCAAUUUAUGAGAAAAAUAUCUGAAGGUAUUCUGUUAUAAAUCCACAAAAAUGCAGUGAGGAAGAUAUUAAGGCUGCUGAUGAUGAGAGAAACUGCAGCUUGCUCUCUCUCUCUGCCCUGGUAGUAAUAUAAGCUGUUCAAAAUAUGAUUUGCAAAUAGUUAAAAUAAAGUGAUGUAGAUAAA